CUCGGAGAGAUACAGCGCAAAAGAGGUAUCAUUCUGCCUCCUUUUCCGCGCAUUGAAACCACUGUGCGUCUAUUCAUUUCAUGGGAAAUGUGCAUGUUUGGCAGUUUGCAUGGGUUCUCAGGGAGACACAUCUUGCUCACUUUUAAAUCAUCAACCAGGUACUUAAAAUAGACUCAAUUACCAUACACUUUACACAGACUACAAUUAGGCUACAAACUCACCGAGUUAAUAUUGGAAAUUCCAAAUAAGGGUAAGUGGGAAAUGAGUUUGAUUUUGAAAAUACAAGAACACUCGGGUCUGGUUUGAUUAUGUGAACAUGGUGAGGGUGUAUCUCUUUUUCUUAAUGUCAUUUCGUGGCUGACAGGAGAGUCUUUAGGGUCUAGACCUCUGUGCUGUAUAGACGAUCUUUGUUACUGGUGUCUACUUAACACUACUAAGGUCGGUUCAUGGUUCACUCUCACACAAACCUAACGUGACUCAGAUGGAGACGUAGAUGCUGUCUCUUAGCGUGCCGUGUACCAUAUUUACGCGGCUGUGUAUUUUAUUAUAAAUAGAGAGAGACUACAGUAACUAAGUGAAUUCCUGGGUGGACAUUAAGGGAUUUAAUAACAUGGACGGACGCGUUUGAAACCUGACGCAACACCACUCACCGCCUGCUACCAGCUAACUUACAUUGCUAGUUAAUAAUACUGUGAACCAUUUGUUAGACUGAUAUUGCAACCUCGGACUAUCGUUUACUGCGUUGUGACAGCUUAAAUUGAACUUGUUAUUGUAGAGCUACCAAUACAAUAGUACAAUAGUAGAGCUACCUACAAAUACCACUGACAUAUAAAAGACAAAUACCCCUGUAGCUACGAGCCACAGAAGACCGGAAGUACUUCCCUUCAAAAUAAAAGUAGGUGUAAAGAAAUAACUAAAGUCGUUUCUGUAUCUUCUGAGUGAUCGUUAUGUGUAUCACUAUGUGUCCACUUGUGAGUGGCUAGAUACUUUUUUUUCGUUAUUACCUAGUUUAACACUCAUCGUACUUAUAACUUUCUGAAUAACUAUCCUGAUAAGCAGCAUGGGCAUCAGAGUAGCUGUGAGCUGCACCGUGUUGUAUACCCUACUGGACGUGGUUGUCACCACUGUCAUAUACACACACGGAUCACACUUGAGCAUAUUCAAAAAGGAUGCCCUGAACUUUAACAUCCUCCAGUCAGCAUUGGAUCUCUGGGGGACUGUGCUGCUCAGAGCCUCCCUCCUGCUAGGAGCCUCCAUAGGGGUGUCAUGGAAUAGAAAAGACGGCCCACCGAGGGUCGCAAAACUCACCACCCUCAUUAUCCUCCCCUGCCUGAUCGUCGCCACCUACGCCUUGGCCAAGCUGCUGAUGCUGAGCGAGCUGGGGCCUCUGAGCCACCAGCCCUGGAUCCUGAGCCUGAUAUGUUGGACUUGUGCCUCUUCUCUGGGUGUCCUGCUGCUCUGGAGACUGCUGGGGAAGGAGUCCAACUCAGCCAGCAGUCACUACAACAGCAGCAGCAGCAGCAGCAGUGGAGGAGAAGGGGGCUCUCAGGACACUGACAAGCUGGUGGAGACAGCUGGUGAGGAGGAGCAAGAGGUGGGGUUUGAGAGGAGGAAGAAGGAAAAAAAGGAGGAGGGAAGCCAGGAGAAGGAGAAGACCAACUCUGGGGCUACACUGGGACGUCUGCUGCUCUACUGCAGAAAGGAUGGUGGGCUGCUCUCUGUAGCCGUCCUCUUUCUCAUCAUCUCAGCUGUGUGUGAAGCCUUCAUACCGUACUACUAUGGGAAAGCAAUAGACAGCAUUGUGGUUCACCAGAGCAUGGAGCACUUCGCUAAGCCUGUGAUCACACUGUCAGUGCUGGCCUUUGCCAGUUCCCUUGCAAUGGGAGUACGUGGAGGAGUCUUCACUCUGACGAUAGCAAAAUUAAACCUUCGGCUUAGGAACCAUCUCUUCAGAACUCUGAUGAGGCAGGAAAUUGGCUUUUUUGAUGAAAACCAUACAGGUGACAUCCUUUCACGUCUGUCAGCUGAUACCACCCAGGUGAGUGACCUCCUUUCCCUGAAUAUCAACAUCUUCCUGCGGAGCACCAUCAAGGGCAUUGGCGUCUUCAUCUUCAUGUUUGGGAUGUCCUGGAAGCUCACACUGGUGGCCAUCAUGGGAUUUCCUUUCAUUGCCGUUGUCUCUAAACUUUAUGGCAAUUACUACAAGAAACUGACCAAAGAGGUGCAAACAAUCCUUGCAGAUGCCAAUAAAGUUGCAGAGGAAACCAUUUCAUCCAUGAGGACAGUACGGAGCUUUGCCAACGAAUGUGGGGAGGCCGAGUCCUACUAUGGCAAGCUUUUGGUCAUGUUCCAGCUUAACAAAAAACAAGCCCUGGCCUAUGCUGGCUACAUGUGGUCCAGUAGUAUCUCAGAGCUUGCUUUAGAGGUUGCUAUCCUCUACUAUGGUGGCCACCUUGUAAUAACCGGUCAGAUGAGUAGUGGUUCCUUGAUAUCUUUUUUCAUAUACAUGCUCGAACUGGGAGAAUGUCUUCAGAAUAUUGCAUCGGUGUACACGGGCCUCAUGCAGGGAGUUGGAGCUGCUGAGAAGGUUUUCGAGUACCUGGACAGGAAACCCAAACACCCAGCUGAUGGCACAGAGGCUCCAGACACAUGCACCGGUGUGGUGGAAUUUAAAGACAUCAAGUUUGCCUACCCAACACGCCCUGAGACUGAAAUUCUCAAGGGAGUGUCAUUCACUUUGCGGCCUGGGGAGGUGACCGCCCUCGUGGGUCCUUCAGGCAGUGGAAAGAGCUCCUGCGUGAGUCUGCUGGAAAACUUCUACCUUCCUCAGCAAGGCCAAGUGCUGCUGGAUGGAAAGCCCAUUCACACCUUCCAGCACGACUACCUCCACUCCAAGGUAGCUCUUGUGGGCCAAGAGCCUGUGCUGUUUGCCCGGACGGUCGAGGAGAACAUCACCUAUGGCCUGACUGACGUCCCAAUGGAGACUGUGGUGCAGGCUGCCAUCGAGGCGAAUGCUCACGAUUUUAUCACCUCCCUCCCUACAGGCUAUGGAACAAGUGUUGGAGAGAAAGGCACCCAGUUGUCAGGGGGGCAGAAACAAAGGGUGGCCAUUGCAAGAGCUCUCAUCCGCAACCCUCGUGUUCUUAUCCUGGACGAGGCGACCAGCGCCCUAGAUGCAGAGAGUGAACACAUUGUUCAGAAGGCUCUAAACAACAUCAUGCAGGAGCGCACGGUGUUGGUGAUCGCCCAUCGGCUCAGCACUGUGGAGAAGGCAGACAACAUCAUUGUGAUCGACAGGGGCCAUGUGGCUGAACAGGGGUCUCACAGUCAGCUGAUGGCCAGUGGGGGGCUAUACUACAAGCUGGUGCAGAGGCAGGUCCUGGGCAUCGAGACAGGGGCGGAGGUCCUCAACAAAUCCGAAAACCUCAGCUGGUCUGAUGGCGGAAGGCAGCGGAGAAGGCAAAGCAGCAGUGGCAGUGAGUCUGAACACAAUUUGCGCUACUGAGAAUGAACUGCAGGGUGUGGAAAUGGGAUUGGACUGUUGGAAGGGUUGAUUAUUUAUGUAUAUUCUGGGAUUCAAACCAUAUGUACUGUAGAAACUAUUUUGUGCAGAAAUUCAGAAGUGUAAAGUCUCCUCAAUCCAGGAGCUUAAUAUAUUUUAUUGUAAUUUGAUCAUGUCAGAAUCAGGUCAGGUUGAGAUCCAUAUGAUUAUAGACAAACUGAGAGGUAUUAUGAAGUAAAAAAUAUAGUUGAAUGUCUUAAAACAUAUCAUAGAGCAGUGAUUCCCAACCAGGGGUACUUUUACCCAGGUAGAGACAUUCUGAUACCAUGUCCUUCCCGAUACUGAUUUUGAUACCUGAACUGAACAUGGCCGAUACCGAGUACCGAUCCGAUACCAUUGUGUUAACAAUUAUAUAUAUAUAUAUA